ACCCAAAACCCUUCUUUCCCCACGACCUCACCCGGAGAACCGCAGGCCGGCGGCGAGGAAGAAGAAAAAGAAGAAAGCAUCACCAUGGUGGUCCGGAUCCGGCUCGCGCGGUUCGGCUGCCGCAACCGGCCGUUCUACCGGGUGAUGGCCGCCGACAGCCGCUCGCCGCGCGACGGCAAGCACCUCGAGGUCCUCGGCUACUACAACCCGCUCCCCGGGAAGGAUGGCGGCAAGAGGAUGGGGCUCAAGUUCGACCGGGUCAAGUACUGGCUAUCUGUUGGGGCACAGCCAUCAGACCCCGUGCAGCGUAUCCUCUUCCGUGCCGGUGUUCUGCCACCACCACCGUUGCUAGCCAUGGGCCGGAAGGGUGGACAUCGUGACAGGAACCCCAUUCAUCCGAUGACUGGCCGUCCCUUGGACCUUGAGGGUGUCACGAUUGUCGAUGAUCCUAAUGCUGCUGAAGGUGAUGCUGAAGCAUCUACAGAACCUUCGUUGGAGGCGUGAUAGAUUUUCUGUUCUGGCCUAUGGAGUGCUGCUGCAAGAUAAAAUAAUUUGUUUGUUGUGCUUCUGAUAAGAUUAUGAACACGUAGUGUACGAUAUGCAACAAUCUUGUCAUGUAACUCUGCUUUGUUAGGCUUUGCUGCACCAUGGGUUAUCCGGCCGUCUCCAGUCUACUAUGUCGUGUCCUAAUAUGAUUCCUUUUGAAUGGAUUAUGCAAUUUGCGUCUUGAAUGAAUUUCUGCAUUCCUUUUGGAUGCUGAAGUUGACAAAUAA